CAACCACAAACGUUUGCAAUGAUCAAACUGAGUGCGCCCAUUGAGUGGCUCUUGGCGUUGGGGUCUCUAUGGUGCGUUGUCAACGUGAUGGUUUUGGACUGGCGAGACGAUCGGGUGGACGUAGUGCCGACGCAACAGAGUCGUCCCAUCCUUCGACGGCCCCAUCCAGUGCAAUUCCGUGGUCAGAGUGCAGAUUUGAACGCAUCGAUUGGCGCCAACGACGGUGCUGUCUUGGCUGCGUCCAACGACGAGGGGAAUACAUACUUAAUCGACACCAUCGAGACAUCGGCAACCCCCGACGAAUCGGUUGAAAUCGCCAAUGCCAUCGACAUUGCGCCUUUGUCUCCAUGGUCGAACACCUCGGAUUCCACCCGACAUGCGACCUUGCUCAACGACACGGCCAUGCAAACCGACGUCGUGGCUGCAAUGGAAUGGGCAUGGAAAGGCUAUCGGACGUACGCGUUUGGCCACGACUGGCUCAACGUCGUGACGAUGGCAGACCAAGGCGAAGGUCACGACAUGGCCCUGUCUCUGGUGGAUUCGCUGGACACGCUGUUCCUUCUGGGUCUCCUGGACGAAUUCAACGAAGCAGCGGACUGGGCCGAGGCGAACAUGCCCGCUCGACACACGCAGCCAGGGCGCGUGAGUUUGUUUGAAACCACGAUCCGCAACCUCGGGGGGUACUUGUCGGCGUACCACUUGAGCGGUCGACCCAAGUUGCUGGCCCUCGCAAAAGACCUUGGCACCCGGUUGUGUCGCGGGCUAGACAAAUCGGCGCUGCCACAAUCCCUCGUGAGUCUUGUGGACGGAUCGACGUCCGACGCGAGUUAUUUGGCGGAAUUCACAACCAUUCAACUCGAGUUCAAGUACCUCAGCACACUCACGGGCGAUUCCACGUACGCCAAUGCCGUGGAAACCAUUAUGAACAAGGUCGCGCGAAUUGUGGACGCAACCUACCCCAACGGCAUUUUACCUGUAAUUGCAGACUCGUACAGUGGACGGUUGCAGCACGGCCAGAUCAAAUUAGGCGCGGGCGGCGACAGCUACUAUGAAUACCUGCUCAAGCAGUGGCUUCUGUCAGGAAAAACCGACUCAAAGUACAAAGCCAUGUACGAGACAGCGGUGACUGGCAUCAUGGACAAGCUGGCGGGCCGGACGAAAAAGUCUGGCUGGGUGUUUCUCGGAGAGCUCGAAGUGAACGGAGACCUGACCCCCAAGAUGGACCAUCUCGUGUGCUUCAUGCCAGGCAUGCUCGCGCUUGGCUACAUGCACGGGAUGCCGUCGUCCCACUUGGACUUGGCCAAAGCCCUCGGCCGCACUUGCUUUGAGAUGUACAACCAAAUGGCGAGCAACCUGGCGCCCGAGAUUGCCUACUUCAACACCGUCGACGAUUCCAACGACAUUCAAGUUCAUGCGUCGGACGCGUUCAACAUCCUGCGACCCGAGACGGUGGAGAGCCUCAUGGUCCUGUACCGCGUCACGAGAGACGAAACGUAUCGGGAGUGGGGCAAAGUGAUCUUUCGAGCGUUCGAGCAGCACUGCAGAUUGCCCCAAGGAGGCUACUCCAGCGUCAACCACGUCGACUCGCCUGCACCGAGUAAGUUCUUCCGCCGCGAAAUGGAGAGCUUCUUCAUGGCCGAGACGCUCAAGUACUUCUACUUGCUCUUUUCAGACGAGUCCGUCGUGCCACUCGACCAGUUUGUCUUCAACACCGAGGCGCAUCCGUUUCCGAUUCAGUGGAGAACUUGA